CCCAAGAUACACUGAUGUGUAGGAAUGCUUAGGUUAAUCCUUGCAAUGGCGAUAGUAGAUCACCCUCGUUCUCGUUAAGCGUUGGCUUUAGCCCAGUAAGCUGAAAGCCAAAGGGCGCCCCGUUCGUACGGUGCUUCUUUGUAAUUAGCUAUACUUGUGUCAGGCCUACAGUGUUGAUCACUAGCUGGCUGCGCAGCCAGGCGUCGACACGUGUUUCCAACGAGGAUUCCGCAUCAAAUACAUAUAUACACACCAUUUUGCGAUCAAUUCUGAGCUUAGAGUACUUCCUGAGUUUCAGUUAGCAGAGGGGGAACGCUGCAAAAAUGAAGUUUACACAUCAGCUGAAGUUCAACAGCGUCCCGGAAUGGCGCGAACAUUACAUCAAUUACACUCACCUGAAGAAAUAUAUCUAUGCACUUGCGAAGAAAGAGGCCGACCUGCAAGCUGGGGGCCAGCUGACGGAUGAGGAGAACUUAUACUCCCCACUCCUUCAGGACGCAACGCGUGCUGAACAGGGUCCAACGGAAGAGGGCUUUCAGCGGGAGUUGGACGUACAGCUGGCGGCAAUCCUGUCCUUCUUCGCCGUGAAAGAGGCGGACCUGCUCGCUAAGGUUUCGGAGCUGGAGCUGGAUGUGCAAAGCCUGGAGAAGAUCCCCAACCGCCAGGAGGCCUCCCUGCUGUCGCGGCUGGGCUCGGAGCCGCCCCCGGGCACUCCCCAGGGGGGGGCAGCUCCAGGGGGCCCGCUGGCGGCCAGCCCCUCCACCCUGGACCUGGCGCGCAUGGUGGCCACCACCCCGCCCGAGGAGCACCGGCGAGUGCGUGUCAAGUUCUGGGAGAACCCCCCGCGCCACGUGUUCAGCACCAGCAGCCUGCACGCGCGGAGGGCCAAGCUGCAGGGGCGGUUCCAGGACCUGUACAUCAGCCUGCACGACCUGCGCGAGUACCUGCACAUCAACAAGGAGGGAUUCAGGAAGAUCAUCAAGAAGCAUGACAAGCUGACCCGCAGUGUUGACCUCCGCGCCCGCUGGUGGCCCAACGUGGAGGCGCACCUGGCCCCCGCCACCAAGCAGCAGGAGCUGGACCGCGCCAUUGCGGCACUCACCGACCACUACGCGGUGCUGUACAUGGGCGGCGACGUGUCCCGUGCCUCCGAGGAGCUGUCCCACGGGCUGCGCGAGCACAUCACGGUGGAGCGCAACACGGUGUGGCGCGACAUGGCGGCCAUGGAGCGCAAGUACGCGGCGGUGAGCGUCAAGCAGGCGGCGGGGGCGGCGGGAGCGGGGAGGAGCAGCUACAUCCGCUGGCUCAAGCUGGCCGCCAGCUGUCUUGUGUUCGCGCUGCUGCUGCAUGUGGAGGUGUGGCCGGGCGAGGCCAACCGCCCGCGCAACAACUGCCUGGCGCUGCUGGUGUUUGCGAGCAUGCUUUGGUCGCUGGAGGCCGUCCCCCUGUUCGUGACCAGCAUGGGUCUGCCGCUGCUGAUCGUGUGUCUGGGGGUGCUGGUGGAGCCCGGUGGCAGCGGGCAGCGGAUGACACCGCAGCAGGCGGCACCCGCAAUAUUCCAUGCAAUGUUCUCACAGACCAUCAUGUUGUUGUUGGGCGGCUUUGCCAUCGCUGCCGCCCUCUCCAAACACGCCAUUGCUAAGCAGGCUGCAGUUGCCAUCCUGUCCCGAGUGGGUCGCAAGCCCGCGCACGUGCUGCUUGCCGCCAUGUUCACCGCCACCUUCGCCUCCAUGUGGAUCAGCAAUGUGGCGGCGCCGGUGCUGUGCUUCGGACUCAUACAGCCCAUUCUGCGCACCCUGGACCCCGGUCACCCCUUCGCCAAGGCCCUAGUGAUGGGUAUCGCGCUGGCAUCCAAUGUGGGCGGCAUGACCUCGCCCAUCUCCUCGCCGCAGAACAUCUUUGCCAUCGAGCGCAUGUCCAUGGACGGCCGCCCGCCCUCCUGGCUCGCCUGGUUCGCAGUGGCGCUGCCCGUGUCCAUUGCAUGCAACUUCCUGUGCUGGUUCCUGCUGCUGCGGGUGUACCAGCCGGGGCGGGCGAUUGCGGAGGUGCGGCCCAUCAAACCCAACACAGACCCCGUCAACGGCACGCAGGUGUAUAUCGUGGUGGUGUCGCUGCUGACGGUGGCGGCCUGGUGCGCGAACACAUUCCUGCAGAGGUACACCGGCGAGAUGGGUGUGAUAGCGGUGGUGCCGCUGGUGGCGUUCUUCGGCUUCGACGUGCUCAACAAGGACGACUUCAACUCCUUUCUGUGGAACGUGGUGAUGCUGGCCAUGGGGGGGCUGUCGCUGGGCGAGGCAGUCAAGAGCAGCGGGCUGCUUGAGGCGCUGGCGCACGACAUCAGCGACCUGGUCACGGGGCUCAGCCUGUGGCAGGUGGCGCUCAUAUUCUCAGGACUGGUGCUUGUGGCCACCACCUUCAUCAGCCACACGGUGGGCGCCAUGGUGAUCCUGCCCAUCGUACAGUCGGUGGGGGAGGCCAUGGCGGGGGGGCACCCGCACCCCAAGCUGCUGGUCAUGGCGGCAGCGCUCAUGUGCUCGGGUGCCAUGGGCCUGCCCGUGAGCGGAUUCCCCAACAUGAACGCAGUCAGCAUCGAGGACGCCACGGGGAACGCCAUCGUCAACACGGCGGACUUCCUGAGGGUGGGGGUGCCCUCCAGCAUUGCGGCGUACGGCAUCAUCGUGAGUGUGGGGUACGUGCUGAUGCUGGCGGUGGGGUUCUGAGGGGGGG